UCUCCGAAUCUAUAACAACAGAGCGCGAAACUCUCUCUCUCUCUCUCUGUCCCUCCUUCUAUACAUUUCGAUACACAAAUCUCAAAACCAAAACUAGGGUUUUUUUACUCACAAUGCUUCUUCGAAGUGCAUCAACUCCAGUUCUGAAUUCAUGGCUUCCACAUUCGAAAGAGUCAUCAACAUCGCCAGAGACGGACAUUUCUCUUCAAAUCCCGAAGCCUCGAUCGGUCUCGAUGGUCUCAGUUUCUCCGAUCGACAAAUCGAGAAAGAAGAUGACCAGAGCGAUGUCGGAGACCGAUCUCAGAGAGCUUUCGGUCUCCAAACGAAGGCCAUUAUUGCCGGCGAUUGCGGUGGAGGAAGAGGAGGAGGAGAGAGAGGAGGGUUUUGAUUCGAGAUCGGAUUCGUUGGAUCGAGUGUUGUUUUUGGGCUCUGGAUUGGAUGAGAUUGUGGUUGAUGAGGAGUGUGAUGUUGUUGGGGUAAGGGAUUGGAAAUUGGGGGGUGUUGUUGUGGGUGGUGGUGGUGGAUACGUUGGAGGUGGGAGUUUGACCGGUGGUGGUGGCGGUAGAGGAGGAGGAGGAGGAGGAGGAGGAGGAGGAUCGGGCGGUGGUGAUGGGGAUGGGAGUUCUGGGUAUUGGGAUUCAAAUCAUGGGAAUAACAGCACGGAGGAGUAUUAUCACAAGAUGAUUGAUGCAUACCCUGGAGAUGCUCUGCUUCUUAGCAAUUAUGCUAAAUUCUUGAAAGAGGUACGAGGUGACUCUGUGAAGGCCGAAGAGUACUGUGGGAGAGCAAUAUUGGCAGACCCAAGUGAUGGGAAUGUUCUAUCACUCUAUGCUGAUCUGAUAUGGCAGACCCAUAAGGAUGCCCCUCGUGCUGAGACUUACUUUGAUCAAGCUGUUAAAGCCGCCCCUGAUGACUGUUAUGUUAUGGCUUCCUAUGCUCGGUUUCUUUGGGACUCUGAGGAAAAUGAAGAGGAAGAAGAUGAUGAUGUUGUAAGAGAAGACACUAGCAGUAUUAACUUAUCAACACCAAGUUUCUUUCAAGGAGCUCAUCCUUCACCCCCUCCUAUAGCUGCUGCUUCUUAAGCUCUCCCUCACUUCCUUCCAUCUCUUGUAUAAUAUCUAAUAACUUUCUGACCCCCUUUUUUUUUUUUUGACCUGUAAGAAAGAAUGUAAAUGAUAAAAUUUUGUUCACUACACUUCUCUUUUUCUUUCAGCUUGUUUAAUUAGAAAAUAAAUGUAUUUUUAGAAA